AUGGAGGUUUCUGGCGAAAGAAGGAUGAGCUCAAAGACAGAAGACAAAGAAGCCAUCUUUCAGGCCCAACUGGCGGAGUGUCAAGCGCAGGUUGAACACUGGCAGGGUGUGGCGACCAUCUGUGAACUGAGCAAACGGGAGGAACUGGUGGAGCUGCAAAAACAAUGUGAUCAAGAGAUUCAGUCGCUUCAAGAGGCUCUCAGGGAGACAGCAGCACAAUACGAGUCCCGGAUAGCUUCUCUACUCGAGGGGAGGAGAGCAAGUAUUCAGAAACAGGGGAGUGGAAAGAAGGACAAAGUGGAUGCAGAGGUCUCUUGUAAAAACUCCCAGACAUCACCAGACAAUUUAGACUGCCAACACAGCGAGCCUGAACUUGCACCAGAAGGAGAAUCGCCUCCUACCAAUACCGAAGGAUAUUUUUCACUACGGAACUGCGACUCUGCUUCGUUAUCCUCGUUCUCAAUAGAUACACCCUCCCUACCUAGAAAGCUCAAUGCUCAGGAAGACACAGACUCUCUGGUCUCAACAGGAACUUUGGUGCCAGAAGCCAUCUACCUGCCACCAGCCGGCCACAGGCUGGUCACCCACAGUGACUGGGAUGCACUCAAUGCUCAGGUAUCGGAUUUGAGAGAAGAGGUGAGUCGACUCACGGAAGUGAAGGAGGAACUGGAGAGAGAACUGGACACGCAGACAAACCACACACACAAACAGGUAUCAGUGCUCCAGUCUCAGGUCCAAUCAUCCGAGGCCCUUCUUCAGGAAUUACAAAAAUCCCUAAGCCAGUCACAGACUGCAGUCCAGGGUCGACUGUCAGAGCUGUCCCUGUCCCAGAGAAAAGUGUGCAGUGAGCUGUCCAGGCUGAAAGGAGAGACUGUUGAGGAUGAGGUAAUAGGCUCAACUUCUUCGCUCCCACCGUUGCUGCAGCAGGCAGCCCAUUGUGAGGAACGCCUCCGUAUUGAAAUUGUCAACCUGAGGGAGCAGCUUGACAUCCGGGCAGAGGAGAAUGAAGUUCUCGAAGUGCAGUUUUCCAGUUUGAAAACGGAGACAGACAGGAUCCAGGCCCAGAAGGACCAGUUUCAGGCCGACCUCAUGGCCUGCCGCACUGAACUCGAGGCCAUGCGGGUGGCGCUCUCGCAUGUGCAAGGAAACAACAAAAUGCUCAACAGUGAUAAUGAGGCCUUGCAUCAGCAGUGUCUGGAGCUGCGCAGCCAAGUGAUUAGCUUGCGCUCUCAGGUCGACACCAGCCAGACUGUCCAGAGAGAUUUUGUUCAGCUCUCCCAGUCACUCCAGGUGAAACUGGAGUUAAUUCGCCAAGCAGAAUCUUUUGAACAAAUCAGGGAGAUCCUGGAUGAGGGAAUCAGUGAAGCCGAUUCCUCGCUUGCCGACUCCUUCUGA